GAUUUUUUAGAGAGAGAAAGAUUUGAUUUUCUAUGCAAAAAGAAAAAAAAAACUUUAUUACUAAAGAGAGAGAAAAAAGCGGUGACAGAUGGACAUAAUAGAAACAAUAACAUAACUUGUCACAAUGUCACAUUAACAUUUUUUGUAUUUAAGUGAGUGAUGGAAUCAAACGGUGUCGUUGCUAUUGGUGUGGAUUCUGAAGAGGUUCAUGUAUUGGCUGUUGAUGAUAGUCUCGUUGAUCGGAAAGUUAUUGAACGUUUGCUCAAAAUUUCAGCUUGUAAAGUUACUGCUGUGGAUAGUGGAAUCAGAGCACUACAAUUUCUGGGGUUGGAUGAACAGAGAAAAACCUCUGAAUCUGAUGAUUUUGUCCCGGGUUUGAAGGUGGAUCUAGUCAUUACAGAUUAUUGCAUGCCAGGAAUGACUGGUUAUGAGUUGCUCAAAAAAAUCAAGCAGGAAUCGUCCACUUUUAAAGAAAUUCCAGUAGUUAUUAUGUCUUCUGAAAACAUUUUGCCACGCAUAGACAGAUGUUUAGAGGAAGGUGCAGAGGAUUAUAUAGUGAAGCCAGUGAAGCUAUCUGACGUGAAACGUUUGAAGGGUUACAUGACGACGUUGAAGGAAGUUAGAGAAGUUAACUUUAACGGUAACAGUAACGGUGAAGGUGGUGAUGGUGAUGGUGUAGGGAUCAACAACAAAAGGAAGCUAGAAGAAUCGUCCGAUCUGUCAUCAUCACUACCGUCGAUUUCAUCAUCAAUACUUUCAUCAUCACCGUCACCUUCAUCAUCUCCUUCAUCUUCACCUGGCGUGCUUGAUUCUCCAAUCACACGGCUUAAAAUGACCGGCAUCGAAUGACUCUUUCGAUUGUCAUCUAGAGCAUCUUCUUUACACAUUUUUUUUUUCAAACUGCAAUUACCCGUUGUUUUGUAACGGUUUUUGUUGCAUUGCCCUGUUCUUAAUUAUAUUAUCUUUGGGUUUAAUUUAUUUUGUUUCUUUGUAUGAAAGUGGGUUAAAGUUACUAAAGAAUAGUAUUUUUACUACU